AUGCCAUCCCAGCAACAUGGGACAUUGGACCACCUCCUGACCGAGGCUGUCGGGCAACGGGCCCAAUCGACCGACUCACUUAGUACGCUGGAGCUGUGCGAAGCCUUUAAUUGGGAGGAGGCUCAGGUGGCCCCUGCCGUGGCUUGCACUCUGCCUGCGAUUGCCUCGUUGAUUGACGACCUGGUCCCGCGGCUUCGGAGUCACGGCAGACUGAUCUAUGUGGGAGCCGGCAAUAGUGGCAGAGUCGGCUUUAUGGACUGUAGCGAGCUACCCGCCACUUUUGCCGCCGAUCCAAAGCAGUUCUUGGCCGUCGUCGCGGGAGGGCCUGAUGCCAUCAUCCAGGCCCAGGAAGGGGCCGAGGACGGGGAGAUGGACGGCGUCACCCGUCUGGAGGCUCUGCAGUUGACGUCCAAGGACACGGUCAUAGGCAUCUCGGCCUCGGGAAGAACCCCUUUCGUGGUCGGCGCACUCCUCCAGGCCCUGAAGAGUGAUGCUCUGACGGUGGGUAUCACGAAUACACAUCCGUCCCGGAUCAGCAGACUUGGAGUCACACAUUGCAUCUCUGCUCUGGUCGGGCCUGAGUUGGUGGCUGGAAGCACUCGACUCAAAGCCGGCAGUGCUGCCAAACAGAUCCUCAACAUGAUCAGUACCUGCUCCAUGAUCCGCCUGGGAAAGACCUACCAGGGCCUCAUGAUCGACGUGGCAAUCAAGAACGACAAACUUCGAGCCCGGGGACGAAGGAUCGUUCGCCAUGUCGCCAAGGGAGCUCCUCUGUACAUGGUCGACGAGAACGGAUCCCUGUCGCCCAACACCAUCCAGCUUCCUGACAGCCUGGAAGGCGAUGCCAUGCUCGACCGCCUGAUUGCGACAUGUGGGAACAGUGUCAAGCUGGCUUCAGCUGUGGCCAUCUCUGGCCUUGACCCUGAUGCUGCCCAACGUCAGCUAGAUCUGAUGGACGGCCACUUUCACCGGUUUGUCGAGAGCCUGAGCCUGCCAGUACAAGGACAAGCUGCCCGGGCAGAGACUAAGGCGCCGGUUCUCCCUAAUGGCAGUGUCAGCCAAGAAUACUUUCUGUCCAUCGACGGCGGUGGAACCAAUUGCACAGUGUGCAUCGCAACGCGGUCCCAGAUUGUCGCCCGCGCCACAGCCGGCGCGUGCAACUUCAACUGCGUCAGUCUGGAACAACUUCUGGAACAAGUCAAGUUGGCUCAAGCCAGGGCGCUGGCUCAAAUGCCUGCCGAAUACCACAGCGGCUCGUUGGCUAAGGCCGGCAGCAUGGCCAGAUGCAGGUUCAAAUUCACCAAGGUGUGGGCAGCCAUUGCUGGCCUGUACCACGCCUACCAACUCGAGACGUUGACGCGACGGCUCGAAGACUUGUUCGGCGUUUCCUUGGAGGACGGCAGUCUCUGGAUCACCAGUGACAGCGUGCUUCCCAGCGCGUGUAUUGGCCUGGAUGACUCGGUGGAAGGGGGAGUUUCGGUGAUUGCUGGCACCGGAUCCGUGGCGACCGCCUUCCGAAAAAGGUCCAACGGCGAGGUGGCUCAGGUAGGCCGCACGGGUGGCUGGGGCCACCUCAUCGGUGACCAAGGCAGUGCCUUCGACAUCGGGAAGAGGGCGUUGCAGACGGUGUUGGUCCGCCUAGAGCAAAGCCAGGGCGGCGAUGGCCAUGGUCAUGAACUGACGGAGCUCGAAGCCCGGAUCUUGGCCAGGCUUGACUGUGGUGGCAAAGGGGAACUGCUCUCGAGCAUUCUUCAUUCGAGUAAACCAGCCAAGCUCCAGAUUGGUGAUGUGGCAAGGGUGGUUACCGACUUGGGCCUUCGAGAAAAGGACCCCGACCCCGAUGCGCUGGCCAUUCUCACGUCUGCAGCCCGAUCUCUGGUGCAACUCAUCCUCCCCUUGACCAAACCCCCCAUUUGUGACCCCGGGGAAAGCUCCCUUGUUUUGUCCGGCGCCCUGCUCAACCUUCCUGGCUAUCGAAAGCUGAUAUUGGACGAGCUGGCCUUCACGCAGCCGAUCCCGUUCAAGAAGGUGGUUGUGUUUGAUGAUGUCUCAGGCUGUGCAGCCCAAUUCCUUGCCAGGCGAACGGGGACGGAGUGA